AUGGAGGAAAACAAAGAUGUCAAGGACUCUUCUCAGCUUGAGAAGAGUGAUGUUCCAGAAUCAAUUAAUGAGGAAAUCGCAAAGACAACAGAUGUGGACCUAAAUUCAGAUGAAAAAAAAGAGAGUGACACGUCAGCCAACAAUGAUAAUACUUCUAGGGUCGAGAAAGAAGCUACAAGAAAUUCGGGGACUGAUGAGGUGAAAAAGGUGGCAACUGUUGAGGAUUCGAAAGAAGAGGAAGAAGAACAGCCUCCAUUGCCUGCCAGAAAGAAGCCUGAAGAAAACCCAUCUAAAGAGAAUCCAAUUUUGCAAGAGUUGAAGGAUGCAUUUCCUAAUUUGGAAGAGAAAUACAUUAAAGCAGUGAUCAUUGCGUCCCAGGGUGCUCUGGAUCCUGCUUUCAAUGCCUUAUUAUUUCUUUCUGAUCCCGAAUCUGGUAGAGAUAUUGAAUUACCAACACAACCUGUAAGGAAGACUUUAGAGGCGCCUGCAAGAAGACGGCAAACUCAAUUGGAACAGGAUGAACUGUUAGCACGCCAAUUAGAUGAGCAAUUUAAUAGCUCACAUUCUCGUCGUCGUAAUCGUGAUCGUGCAGCUAAAGGCAUGCACGAACAACGUCUGAGAGAUAGGCAAAGAAGACGUCAAAAUCCGUUGUCUCCCAAUGAAAGGGAAGAGCUCCGCGGAGAUGCUGAGGAAGAAGAAGACUCGUGGUCUCAAUUUGUCGAAAAAGAUUUGCCAGAGCUCACAGACAGGGCUGGUCGUUCUUUACAAGACACAGCAAACAAAGUCAGUAACUGGAUAAGUGACGCUUACAGGAGAAAUUUUGCUCCAGAAAACGAGCAAAGUAACAACCAAUACGCUCAUCAAGAUCAGCAGGAUGAAUGGGAGCCAGAAAUUGUGGAUUUGUCGCAAGGUGGAAAGAACUUAAGGCCUCAACAACCUGAGAGAAGAAGGUUUAAUUCUUUUGGUGCUCAAGUGGGCGAUCUUUCCCUAGAAAGCCACGGAAUAACACUACACAACGAAGAUGGACUCGAAGAUGAUGAAGAUGUGCCACCUCAAUUGCCAACAAGAACAAAAUCUGGUGAAUCGACCGGGAAAGUGGUAGCAGAAACCGCUUUUAUUGACACUCCCGACACAGAAACUAAGAAAAAAUGGCAGCCGCUGCCACCUGAGCCAUUGGAUACUACACCAACCAAAGUGAACGCCAUUUCUAGAAGUAAGAAAAAUCCCGAUGAGGAUGAAUUCUUGAUCAAUAGUGACGAUGAGAUGUAA